AUGGCAGCCUUAAACUCCAGCAAUGCCGUGUCCUCCACAUUUUAUUUCACAGGUAUUCCUGGCUAUGAAGAAUAUCACCACUUGAUUUCCAUCCCGUUCUGUCUCCUCUGCUUUAUUGGAAUAAUGGGGAACUGCACCAUCCUGCAUAUAGUUAGAACAGACUCCAGGCUUCAUGAGCCGAUGUACUACUUCUUGGCUAUGCUUUCUCUCACUGAUAUGUGCAUGUCCACACCCACAAUGAUAACGCUCUUCAGAGUGUUGUGGUCCAUUUCCAGGGAAAUACAGUUCAAUUUCUGUGUCCUACAAAUGUUUUUUAUUCAUACUUUUUCUUUCACUGAAUCAUCUGUGCUCUUGGCCAUGGCCAUUGACCGAUAUGUGGCCAUCUGCCAUCCUUUGAGAUAUGCCACUAUCCUGACCCCAAGACUUAUCUCUAAAAUUGGAAUUGCAUCCCUUCUUAGGAGUUCUUUACCCAUCAUUCCACUUUUUGCCCGGCUACCUUUCUUGCCUUAUUGCCGCUCCCACAUCCUGUCUCAUUCCUAUUGCCUACAUCAGGACAUCAUUCGCCUUGCCUGUGCUGACAUCAAGUUUAAUGUUAUAUAUGGGUUGGUUGUGAUCACAUUGCUAUGGGGAAUAGACUCCCUGGGAAUUUUUGUGUCUUAUGUGCUUAUUCUUCAUUCUGUUUUAAAAAUUUCAUCACGAGAGGGAAGGUUUAAGGCCCUCAGCACAUGUGCUUCCCACAUCUGUGCUGUACUCAUUUUGUAUGUCCCUAUGAUUGGACUAUCUAUGGUCCAUCGUUUUGCCAAACACUCUUCUCCUCUCAUUCACAUAUUUAUGGCUCAUAUUUACUUAUUAAUUCCACCUGUACUCAACCCAAUCAUCUACAGUGUGAAGACUAAGCAGAUCCGUCAAGGAAUUCUCCACUUGCUUCUCCCAAAAAAUAUCAGUUCUACCAUGAUGUAG